AGGCGGCAGGCAUGGCAGGCCCGUCUGCUGCAUCUAAAACAUUAGAUUGUAAAGAUUUGCAUAGCUACCUCAAGACUCUACCAUCAGACACUUUGGAUAAUUUGUAUAAUCAUCCAGCAACAUGCCUGGCAGUUUUCCGUGAGCUGCCAGAGCUGUCCAAACACUAUGUUAUGAGGAUGCUGUUUGUUGAGCAGGCUGUGUCUCAGUCUGUUGUAGCCAUGUGGGUCACCAAUAAACACCAGAAUGAGCACAAGACAUCUGCACGGGUACUGUCAGAACUACGGGUAUGGCAGGAACAGGGUAUGGUAGGAGGUCUGCCUGGUUGGACACUCAGCCCCACCUUCAGACAAAACAUGAGAGUGGCCCUAUUGGGAGGAGAAAGAGCAUGGAUAGGUGGGGGAGCUCUGAUUCCAGACAAACAUGCUAAAGACAUUCCAUUCCUGGACAAGUAUGCCUUGGAGAGAUGGGAGUGUGUACUACACUUCAUGGUUGGGUCAUCUGAAGGUACAGAUGGAGUUGGUAAUGACAUCAUAGAUGUUCUUCUACAUUCAGGUCUCAUGAAAAGUGAGCCUAAUGAACCCCUACCGUCUAUAACACCUGCUGGGUUCCAGUUUCUCCUUAUGGACAGCUCAUCACAAGUCUGGUACUUCAUGCUGCAGUACUUAGAGACUGUAGAGUCCCGAGGGAUGAAUCUAACCGAGUGUCUGUCCUUCCUCUUCCAGCUCAGCUUCUCCACACUAGGCAAGGAUUAUUCCACUGAGGGCAUGACAGAACAACAGCUUCGCUUCUUACAACAUCUUAGGGAGUUUGGACUGGUCUAUCAGAGAAAGAGAAAGGCCAUGCGAUAUUAUCCAACACGCCUGGCUGUUAAUCUAGCAUCAGGUGUAACCAGCCUAAACACUGAUACCAAUCAACAAGGCUACCUGAUGGUGGAGACCAACUACAGGGUGUAUGCAUACACAGAUUCUCCACUAAAGGUUGCUCUGGUGGCACUAUUCUGUGAGAUGCUGUACAGGUUUCCAAACAUGGCCGUGGGUAAUUUGUCCAGAGAAAGUGUGAGAGAAGCAUUAGUCCGUGGCAUCACAGCAGAGCAGAUAAUCAGCUUCCUUAGGACCCACGCUCACCCAAAAAUGCUGAAACAAAAUCCUGUGCUACCCCCAACCAUCACAGAUCAGAUACGUUUAUGGGAGAUGGAACGAGACAGGUUCAAGUUCACAGAUGGUGUUCUUUACAGUCAGUUCAACUCUCAGAGUGACUUUGAACUCCUUAGAGACUAUGCAAAAGAUCUGGAUGUACUGACAUGGGAAAACCCAUCCAAACGUGUGAUGGUAGUGUCUCGAUCGGGCCAUGAUGACGUCAAGCGUUUUUGGAUACGCCAGCGACAGAGCAACACCUGAAGUACUACACGCCUCAUAGUUGGAGAAGAUAUGGUCAAAAGCUGAGAUUGUUAUAUGAGAUGAUCUGGAAUGAGACUUUCUUUUGUCAAGAGUCUAAGCCUUCUGUCCCAGAACAUUUACCAAGAGGAGGAAAGGUAUCCUAUUUCAAUUGUUCUCCAGUGACAUUGGAAACUUGGAUUGGAUAUACUUGUCCUUUCAAGACAACAAUGAGAUCUGUGAAUCUCAGGAGUCGUGAGAGCUGGAAACUUGGUGACAAGAUAUAAACUGAAGUCAUCAGAUUGAUUCUGUACAGACUGUUCUACCGGUACUAUAUGGAACAACAGCAGAUAGCGACAAUGUUGUACACUGAACUGGGAAAUGGAAGAGAGCAGUUCUGACUGGGAUGGUCUAGUAGGGGAAGAAAUACGACUGGGAAAGUGAGGACUUUAAAGCACUGAAACAACUCUUCCGUCCCAGUGGUCUUAGCCGAGACACUGAUCUAGUCCUUUCAUUCAUACAAAUAAUUGUCACAGGAUGAUACUGUUUAAUUCAGCUGUUAAUAGUAUAUUAAAUACACUAAUGUUUUUAUAUAUUCAUCCGCUUAAUUAAAAGAUACAAGCCAAAGAUUUUGUGUUAUUCCAGCUUCCAUUUUUCACUGCUAUUUUACCAUCACAAUCUGUCAGUUCAAGAGUUUAUUAUUUUUCCAUGGAUGCAUUACUUCUCAAUCAUAUGGCACAUUUUAACUUAACUUAAACAGGUGCAAGACAGUGAAUUAUGAGAAUGCUCAUAACAUUACACCACCUUCUCCAAGUAUCUGACACUCCUCUCCAUCUGCCAAAGACACUAAACAUAUGACUUUCUUAACUUUGUAAAUUUUUGUACAAAUUAAUUCAUAUUUACAAAAGAAGGGAUUCUAUUAAACAGAAAGUGGCUGAUGGGAGAUCUUGUAUUGUAAUGCUUGGCAUGUUGUAAAUGCUCUCCCUGCAUUUAGAGGUCAAUCAGCUACAUAACAUUCCAUUGGAAGGACUUCUUGGACAUUUUCUUCUUUUUUUUUUUUUUAGUUGAUUAAACAAAAAUUGUAUUCUGGCGUUGCUGUCAUGGUUACUAGAUGUAAACAUGAAUAUGAAAGAAUAAGUCAAUUCCCUUACAUUUAAAAAUAUUGAUUUUGGUAAGAGAACACUUCUAUCUAUGCGAAGUAACAAAACAUUUCAGGACUUGUGUGAAAACUACGAGACUUCAGGUUGAAACAUUUGCAGGAAUUGAUACAUAGAUAUAUCUGGUGUUUCAUGGGUACAUGUUUUGGUUAUAUUACAAGGUGAAGACAACAAAAAUAUCAAAACCUUCUCUGGAAAGAGAUCCCCCACCCACCAUGUAAAACGCUAUCACUCCUUCACCUGGUGUAGUCCGAGGUCUUCCUUUUGCUAUGGAAAUAAAAGUCAAAACCAUUUCAUAGAAGUAUAUGAUUUUAUAAAGGAAUGAACAGGUAUUUUUAUACAAAUUAAAAAUUGAUUGGUGUAAAAAGUGUGACAAUAACAGAUUUCUUUUGGACGGCAAAUUCAUUAAUAACAUAGGUCUUGUAAAACUACAUAUAUGACAUGAAACUCCAUUGAGGUUUUUCAAACUUAACUCCCUGUAUUAUAAUUGUAUAACUCCUUCUAAUACUGUCUGCUAUAGUAUUCCACACAUUCUUUGUAAUCAUAUUUCUGAUCUGUACAACAUGUUCGUAGUGAGUGGGUCAUGAAGUUCCUGUAUAUCAGGUCUGGCUGGUUUCCACUUUGUUCUCUGCCAGUGCUUUCUCUAACAGGGAUACAUAACUUGGAUGACAAUGUGUGCCAUCAAACUCUGUAAGAA